CAUUGCUCAACCAACAUUUAAAUCAACUGGCCUCCAAGUUUCGUGCCACAAAGUUUCUAAAGAGUGUUUUCAACAACUUGUAUACCGAACUACCCUGACAAAAAUUUGCCAACUAUAUUUGUGUACUUUGAAGGGGAGAUGAAAUCUCAACUAAUUGGACCUGUGUCUUUUCGCCAUGCCGACAUUUCUGUUGAAGAAUUGGAGUGGAUGCUAGGACAGACAGGAGCAGUUCAGUCAGAGAUCACCGACGACCCUCGGCCUAAACCUAAGGACGUUUUGUUUUCCUCAUUGAAGGGUGAAAACAAUGACUGGACUUUAUGAUAGAGCUGAUUCAUCGGAUAUAAUGAUUUGAGUUAUGCCGCUUUACAUUGUAUAUUUCAAUCAUUUGUUUCUUACUUUCCAUAGUAAUGGCAUGGAUGUGUUGAUUUUGUUUGCACUUAUACUUUUAUUUAUUGUUAAUGAUCAAAAAUUGUUUUUAAAAACAUUUUAUUUUUUACUUGUAAUAAAGAAGUAUUUAUUGUACUUA